GUGUGGAAAUGAGUGUGAAAAUGCCAGUUCCCAAAAAGUAUUUCCUAUAGGAGAACAAAAGGUUGAUGAUCCAACACAGGAAGAUAUUUAUAUGUACAUUGAUUCAGAUAUGCGUGAUAUUUCAGGAAGCACUUUCGAAGUCAUGUAA